AUGUCGAUGCGCCGCCUGGGCACUGCUGAUUUCCGCGGAGUCCGCGAGCGCCGCUCCGGCGUCUUCUCCUUCGAAAUCUCGUUCGGCGAAAAACGGCUCAGUCUCGGCACCUUCAACACCGCAGAGGAGGCGGCCCGUGCGUACGACGCGGCGGCGUGGCACCUCCGGCGGCCUCGUUGGGAUAUGAAUUUCCCCGAUGUGUCGACGAGCCAGCGCGCGCAGGAUCUCGCGCAUAUCCCGCGGCUUUUCACCGACGAGGAUCGUCGUGACUACCGGAGGCGGCAGCGUCGCCUAGCGAUCGCGGAGAUGGACGUGGAAGCCAUGGCGGAGUGGCGCGAACGCUUCCCGCAGGACAUCGUCAACGAGCGCCAGUUUUACAAGCAACGGAGGACGGAGAGGGAGGCGAGGAGAAAGGAGCGAGCCGCCUAUCGAGAGGACAAGCGUGCGCGGAAGCAGGCCGCUCAACUGAACACGUCGUCUUGGGACUCCGGGGACGAGCGGCAUGCUAACGCCUACUUGCAGACGUCGGAGGAGGACAUUACCGAGUCGGAGCCGGAAAAUGACGAGUAG